AUGCCGAACAGGAAAUGGACAGAACAUUACGAAUGCUCAGGACGUUCGCUGUCAAUGAAUGUUGGUAUUAGACUGGCAAGUGAAAGCGCAUUAGCAAACGAUAUAAAGCAUAAUUUGGUGUCAAGGGGCCUAACGUUGGCCGGGUUAGGACUGAAUAGAAGUUCGAUUGAAGAUGGGCCUAAUAACCGGCAAAAUGUAUAUAAAAUGGGUAAAGAAAGCGUUAGGGAUCGGCACCAUACUGUGAAUGUCAGCACAGUUUUGGCUACAAAAUUUAAUAAGGAUUUGAUACCGGAGGAAUAUGUGAUAGACUUUUAUUUUAAUCGACUACUGGCAGAUACAGUGCUGGAGGGAUAUGGAAAAACUAAUAUGGCGAAGAUGUCAUAUCAACGGAAAUGGGAGUUGGUUUGUAAGGAACAUAAUGCAGAGCAAGGUUUAGUGAGCGAAAAAGAAGGUAAGAGCGAUGACGAACUGACUAUGCAAUUGAUUUUGAGUCUCAAAGAAAAACUUAAAGGGCCGAUAACGCAACCACACGUAUGGUAUCAAUUGGAAAAGGUUCUCCGGCAAAAAAUGUCGUGCUUGAUAUUUAUUAGCCAAGGAGGCAUCUCAAAACUUUUGGAGCAUUAUUUAUCGGUGGCCAGGGAUAUGGAGUAUGUUUACCUUAACUGUUUUAAAAGCAUAAUUAACCAUGAUUCUGGUAGAAACGAGAUGCAUGAAAAUAUAGAGGUGACGAGAAUGUUGUGUAACUACUUGUCAAAUAAUAAUUCGCAAACUAGGACCAGGUUGCUAGCUACUGAUAUUUUAUUGUUACUUACGUAUGUUGAUAGUGAGAGAGUAUCACGGGAAUUGGAGCUAUUAUAUUCUCCUUGGAUUAAUACGGUUUAUAACACUAUAGUCGAUAGGUCGCAAUGGCUGCAAUCGCUGUUUGUUGUUCAGAAGCCGCAGCAAUUGGUAACGGAUUAUCUCAUAUCGACUACAAUUCUAAUAAAUGCAUUAAUUGAACGGCUGCCUCUACCAACCUCUAAGAGUAAGGCAAUUAAACUACUUAAAGAUGCUGGCAUUCAUAAGGUGUUUUACCAACUAGACCUGCUGAGUGAUAAAUUGGAUUCUGAAGUCCUAUUCAAUCAAAUUUCAAAGUAUAAAAGUACGGAAAGUGCCAUAAAUUCAAAAAUGGCAACUGAAAAGGCAGAGCUGGAUGUCUCUUUUGCACGCCAAGUCAAAACAAUUGCAGCGCUGACGAAAGGAACAGCUUUGGAAUUUUCUAUGUCGAAGUUAUUGGAUGCUAUUUUGCAAAUUGUCACUUCUAGAACUUCUGCAGAGUCAGUGAAACUUAUAGAAUUAUUUCAGGCAGUUCUUGACUAUCUAUUGGAGCAUUCCUAUGAUAAGGACGAAUUAUCAGAAGAAGCAGUGCUGAAAGCUUCCUUGGAUCAGUUGAUGACUAGACUGCAAAGUGUACAAAUAAAUGAACGCGCUGUUCAGGAGUUAGAAGAGAUGAAAGUCAAAGUAGAGCAUAUGAAAAAUAUGAUUGCUGAUUUAGAACAACAACGUUCGGUUACAAAGGGGGCUGUAUUAGAAAAAUGGAAUUCAACGAAAGAAACGCUGUCGAAUAGAAUGAACUACAUUACAGAAUUAGAGGAGCGAUUAGAAACGAUUGAAAAACAAAGGAAAAAUGAUCGCAUCAAGUAUGAACGUGAAGUAGUUCACAGGGAUUCAGAAAGAGGCUACUCGAAAAACUCCAUUUCCCUUUUUGCAACGUUAAAGAACGGUAAUGGCUUGCCACACUCUAAUAUUGGGCGAUCUGCUACACUUGUAAGGAGUCCCAAGGUAAAUUUUGAUAAAAUUAAAUCAGAAGACGUUAGUCGUCGUAGUAUCAGUGGGCCGGAAGGUAUACGGCGUCCAAAAUUCGAUAAAGAUGCGGGAAAUCUUAAGGAAGAUUUGGUUCACACAGCAAAAGCGAAGAAGUUAAGCUUUAUAACAGAGAGUAAAUCUGCUCCUGUAUUAGAUGAGCAUGAUGAUGAUCUUGAAGUGCAAUCACCUAAACCCAGAUUAUCCUCAAAUUCUUGCAAUACUAAUAAAGGACAAAAAUCAGUUAACGAACAAAACCAUGUCAAACCACUUACGGUUUUGACACCCCCUCCACCUCCACCACCAUUUCCAAUGAAUUUAAUAAAAGAUCUGAGUGUAGAAGAACCUCUGCCUCAGACAUUGGUAAAAGCAAUCGGUGCACCACCACCUCCACCGAUGCCAACCUCUUUACUGCAAAAUGUAGUACACCACUUUCGCAAAGCAUCCCAGGGCACCUAUACUGGUCCUUCGGUAUGUACUCCACCGCCUCCUCCUCCUCCUUUGCCAUUAUCGUUGACUAGGGAUGCAUUAGAAGGAUCUCGAUGCAUUUCUACCAUGAGAUCUCGGCCUCGCGUUAAAAUGAAGCAAAUCCACUGGGAUAAGAUUGACGAUGUAAGAGAAACUAUUUGGUGUGAUGAUAAAGAACGAGCUGCUAUGAAUGAUGAAUUGGAAAGUUUUGGAGUAUUUAAAGAGAUUGAGGAUCUAUUUAAGGUUGUACCAACAAACACAAAGUCGGGAUAUUCAUCAAUUAAUCCCCUGAAUACGAGAAAUGGAAAGAUAACUUUACUAUCAAAUGACUUAGCUCAGCAGUUUGGGAUUAACUUGCAUAUAUUUUCACAUUAUCCUGUUGAAGUAUUAGUUGAGAAGGUUUUACAAUGUGAUAGUGAGGUAAUGAAAAAUCAGAGUAUUAUAGAGUUUUUUAGCAAAGAUGACAUUAAUCAUAUGCCACAGAGCAUCCAGCGGAUGUUUGCUCCUUAUGCGACCAAUUAUUUCACGAAUGAAAAGCCAGAAAAGGAUCCAAGUGUAUUGGAACGGGCUGAUAGAAUAUAUUUAGAAUUGUUUUACAACUUGAGAUCAUAUUGGGCGGCAAGAUCGAAGUAUUUACUGGUUCUUUUGACAUAUGAGAGGGAUUACUACGAUACUUUGUAUAAAUUGCAAAGGAUUGAUGAUGCUACAAAAGCUAUUAGGAAUUCGACGAAAUUAAAACAUUUAUUUUUCCUAAUAGUAGAGGUUGGAAAUUACAUGAAUAAUAAGCAGGCACCCGGUAUUCAGUUGAGUUCCUUAAAUAAGUUUGCAUUUACGAAAACCUGUAAAGAUAAUAAUCUCUCAUUCAUUCAUGUUAUUGAACACAUUGUUAGAACUAGAUAUCCAGAAUUACAUGACUUCAUGGAUGACUUGGAAAAAAUUUCCGAUGUCUCAAAUUUCAUUGUGCAGCAUGUAGAAGAAGAGUCUCAGGAGUUCUAUGAGAAGAUUUAUAAUUUAGAGAGAUCUUUGAGUGUUGGCAAAUUAUCAGAUACUUCAAAGUUCCACCCGAAGGAUAAUUUCUUAGCUAAAACCGAGUCCAAUAUGUGUCACGCGAGGAAAAAGGCAGACCUUUUGAAAGGACAGUGCACACUAACCAUGGGUGAUUUCAAUAAAUUAAUGAGGUACUGGGCCGAAAAUCCAAAUAACAUGCAUCAACGUAACACGUUCUUUCAGAAAUUUAUUGACUUCAUAACCUUGUUUAAAAAGGCAAUUAAGGAAAACUCCGAACGCGAAGAAAUUCGUCGUGUGUGUGAACAGAGAAGGUUACUAAUAAAGCCUGUACAGUAUGAUAGAGUUAAAAAGGAGAAUGACAACGACGAUGAAAAAAACUCUGUUCGUGGAUCUUCUAACGUGAAGCCAUUAUUGGAUCAUGCGGAAGAUGAACAGCAUGCUGUUGAUAUAUUAAUUAGAAGAUUAAGGGAUGUUCGACAUCAAGAUUAUAAGUAUAAGAAUCAACGAGACACAAAAUCAGACUCCAGUGGGUCUACUCUACGCAUCAGAGAAAGAGAGGAUGGUGAUUUGUUAGUAAGGACACGGGAAAUGUUAAUGGGCGUAAAAAAGUUUUAA